AUGAAGCUUGGACGCGUCGAAGUCACGGCUUCCAUGAACUGGCACGCAAGACGAUCGAAGCAGCAAGGUCUCAGUGCGUUUGGUGCCGCUUUCCUUCUUGUUUUGCCCAGAGCAGCGGCUCUUCACUGCGAGCCCUUUGAGCUGAGUGCGCCCGGCGAGCGCAGCCAUUUCGAGAGGAUUUUGCAGCAAACUCCCUUGGAAAUCCUGGCUCCUGCUCGGCAGGCUUUGAUGCUGCUUUCACGAGAAUCCCGGGAGCUGGUCGAUGUGGAAGCGCUGAGACAUGCCGAAGCCUUGUCGGAGUACGGCCGAGUCUUGCAAGCGGUUUACAAGCAGUCCGGAGAUGAGAGCAUCCUACGGGCAUUGCUGACUGUGCGCCACGGGGCUCUGGGCUUGGCACCUGGUCCGGCCCCCUGGCGGGCCGUGAUGGUACUUCGCCUGGCCGACGCUCUUUUCGACCUCUGUCGCCCCAUGCUCCGAUCAGCUCAGAGAUCACUUGCUCUCUUCCUCCAAGCCGAGGAGCUUUCUGGGCAGAUGUGUAACGCCAAAGUGGUUCUACUAUACAAGCAGCUGGGGCAAUGGGUGGAAGGAGAGAGGUAUGCAAAAGAUUGUGGGCUGUCGAUUACUCACUUGCAUCUGCAACAUCCGAGGCUUCAGACCAUGCCGUGGUGGAACCUCAAAGACCUCAGACUGCCCAAAUGGCUACGCGGAAUGCGUUCCCGACAUGCCGUGCACAUCAUUCGUACUGAUCUACAGAAGUGCCUGGAACGCACGCCGAGUGCAUUUGACGACUCUGCGAAUGAUUGGUUUUUCGUUGGCUCUCGCUUCAAAUGGACAGGGCUUAAUCUGAUGCACUCGGCCAGGGGUGGCUGGAACGAGCGAUGGUGUGGGGAGCAAGCUUGCGCAAAGCAAACCUGUGACAUGUUGCGGUGGCGCAAGGAGCUGAACCAUAGCCUGUGGCCAAAGCUUAGCCACAGAGCGGGCAUCACGCCAGAGAGCUCGCCUCCAAUGUACGUGAACUUCUAUGCGCUGACUCCUGGGUCGCAUAUUCUGCCGCACCUCGGAAAUGAUGGACGGCUCACCAUUCAUCUGGCACUGCACGUCCCGCCCGGCAACCAAUCACGCAUUCGAGUGGCCAACCAAACGAUCAACUACACGCAUGCUGGCCAGAUGUUGGUCUUUGACGAUGCCUACGACCACGAAGUAUGGAAUGAUGGCAAAACGAUGAGGUAUGUUCUUGGCUUUACAACAUGGCACCCAAGAGGCGAAAAGCUGGAAGAGGCCACCGCGCUCUCAGGGAGACUGGAUACCGAGACUGCGCGAGAGGAGUGGAUGCAGGGGUUGAGGGACGGCAGCACUGACUGGGAAGAAGUGAAACUAGGACUAGCUAUGCUUUGGGAGAAAGCUGCAAAGGAAGCACGAGAUGGGGGACCGUUCGGUUAUCCGAUGGCCUUGACUCGCCUCCUGGAAGGCAUCUACGAUGAGCCGAAUGGCGAUGAGAUGCUUGUAGCUGAUAUCGAAGCCCGUCUUACUCAAGUUCCUCAAGGAGAUCCAAAAGAUCACGAGGUUUGGAAGCGGUCGGAUCAGAAUUCGCCCGCUGCGCACAUCUGUGGCUGCAUUGCUCAAACGUGCAGCGGGAGAGUCGUUGAGAAUGAAAGGGCUAAGGUAUGGCUUGGCAUCCGUGACUGCCCGAACGCCGGGGGUGGCAUGGAUGAGGACCUAGCAUCUGAUCUGUACCACUUCCGAUCGAGAUACCCUUUCGACGACGAUGCAUACAACUACAUCGUGAAUUCCAGCAUUGAGGUUCAGCAUGAAGUCUUGCGUGACUUCAAGCCCCGUCAGGAGGGGGAGGAGGACUACUCCGCGCUGAUCAUGGGAUUUACCAAGAAGCGGCGGCAGUCUGUGAAAGAGCGACAGCUGCACAGCUUUGAAGGGGCGCCCCACUUCUAUGAGCCGUCGUUCGAACAAGAUGUGUCUCUGACUCAACCGGAGCUGCAGGCCUUCAGGGACAGAUAUCCGUUUGAUGAGGACGCCCACAGGUACAUUGUCUCGUCACCGCCUCAUGUCCAAAGAGAGAUACUUCGCACAUUCAAGCCUCCGAGGGAGGGCGAAGAGGACUACUCUGCCUUGGUCAUUAGCUUCGCGAAGAGGUGCCGCAACGCCGUUCCUUCGUUGGACCUGUCGACCAGCCGUGGGCCAAGCGGACGAGAGUACGAAGCAUUUCGUGACCGGUACCCUUUCGACGAGGACACACACAAUUACUUGCAGAGCUCGCCCCCUGAAGUGCGAAGGCAGGUGUUGCAGAGCUUUAAGCCUCCACGGGAAGGCGAGUCAGACUAUUCUGCGUUGCUGAUCAGUUUUUGCAAGAAGAUGCGGGAUCAGCGAGUGCCGCAACUGGGCAGAGGCCUCCAGGUGCCCCGAAGUCUGUCAGCACCUGGACACCAACCGCCUCGACAGCAGCCACCUUGGCACCAGCCACACCAACCACCUCCGCCACCUCCGCCACCUCGGUUCAGAGGUGACAGUGCCCUCCGAAUGUUCAGACAAAGAUUCCCGAUGGACGACCGGGCUUUCGACUUUCUAAAGUCUGCUCAACCAUGGGUGCAGCAGGAAGUUCUGGAGAACUUUGCUCCCCAGCGUCUGGAUUCAGACUACUCCGCGUUGGUUAUAGCGUUUGCGAAGAAGUGCCGUGAGAGAGACCAAGCAGGUGGCUUGGACACAAAACGACCACGGCUAGCGUAUUGA